CCGAUGAAGAGCAGACUUUGUGAAUAAUACUAACAAUAGCAUCAAAGAUGGACAAAUUACCCUCAACAUCACUUACGAACCCGAAAUCAGGAACUACACUCGGAUCUAUGACGUCAUCAAAUUCAGUGCCCGGAGCAAGUAUGUUAUUGGCCCCUGAACAAUUUGAUCCCCAGACUGAGAGCCUUUAUGGUAAUACAUUCCAAAACCAACAUGGUAUACCAGGAGGAGACGGUCAAUGUGCCAAUUCUACCCAGAAUUUAUAUGAUGCAGAAGACGAAUCAAUCAUCGAUGUGGAAGCUCUACUUAACUCUGUCCUGCCAUUAUUCCCGACAUCGCAUUCGGAUCCAUCCGAACAUUUUGCGUUACCUUCACAAAACAUUUCAAACAACAACGGCAAUACAAGCGAUAGAAGCGUCAAUACUGCGGUGUCAUCUUACCAGAAAAGAAACACCUCAUACCUGGAAUUAGGCUGCGAUACCUUACCUGCUACCACGGGUCUUGACGGCAUACAAACCUACGAUGUUAACAAAAAUCACCCUUUGGUUCAUGAAAAUAAUUUUCUGGGGCCUGAUAUAGAAUGCAGACAGCCAAGCUUUAGUAAAGAAGGGAACAACAACGAAGAAAGUAAGGAGGAUCGCGAUAAAAAGGAAGCCUUACUAAAACACGUUCACCCCGAGAUCCGCGCCAUUCUCGACUAUAACUACUGCUGUAGAAAUGACCAAGAGAACCUUGAAUGUUUCAUUUGUUGUGAAGCGUUUGAUGAACGUAUUCACUUGAAAAACCACAUUGUGAACCUACACCUACGUCACAUUCCCAUCAGCCAGUUCGCUUCGUGCCCCUUCUGUGCGUUUGUCUGUAAGUCUCGAUAUCAAUUUGUAGAUCAUGUCCUCAAAUCCAGGAGUGCAUGUAGGUCAUUAAUGAUGAGAAAUAAAAGUAAGAAACAAAGAAUGAGGACCAGUAAGCAAACUAAAUGUGACUGAACACGUAAUACAUUACGUGUAUCACAGGAAGGGAAAAGGUGUCAAUUUUGAUUGCUUAUUUAUUUUUAAAUAAAAUUUGAAGAGUUCAUAGUUUAAUUCUAAAAGCGUUGUUUUGAGUUUUAAUUGUAUUUUCUGACUUUGAAUUUUGUGAGAAAUAAAAUACA